AUGGAGUCCGUCCACAUAGAUUCGUUUCGCGAAGACCAGCCGCUCAUCGCCUCCAUUGCCAUAGCUACCCGGGCCGUGCAUGCACGGGUUAACAGGCUAAUCAUCGCACGCCUGCCUCUGGCCCUACCUCCCCAUGCGGGAGACCCGGCUCUUUACCUCUCCGGCAUUCUUCACAUUGCACCCAUCUACACGACCUUCGAGGCUCAAUGGCAAAGUAUCAACACAACGGCACCCCAAGCCGCCUUUUUUGAGGCUCGCCCCGACGGCUUCCAUUCGCAGGUACCGGACGAGCCCAAGUCGUCGGAGAUGAACAAGUUGUAUCGAUCCUCGUCAAAUUGUGAACGUGUGCAAAACUUGCUCAAGAAAAUGUACCUGCCGGGUUUGAUGCGUUCUGAACGACUCCGAACCGACAUUCGAGCCAUGACGGGCUGGUCCGACCGUGCCAUCGACGAGCAGCUACAGGCCAUCAGCCGGACGGGCCAUCUUGCCGAGUUUGUCGGUCACAUCGCGCGCGCCGUGACGAACCGACCGCACGUGCUUCUGGCCUAUUCAUAUAUCAUGUACAUGGCGCUUUUUGCCGGCGGUCGCUUCAUAGCCGCCUCUCUCGAGGCCGCUGGUCAGGAUUUCUGGAACGAGCAGCCGUCUCCCGAAAAUUCAAUCUGGCACUCGUUGAGCAACGGGGAAACGGCUGACGAGGCGUACCGCCCAUCCCCGCCGGUCCGAUUCUUCCACUUUGACACACUGACGGACGGGGAAGACCUGAAGCAGGAGUAUAAGCAGCGCCUGGCCGACUCAGAGGUGAUGCUGACGACCCGCGAGAAACGCGACAUUGUCCAGGAGGCUGUUUGCAUUUUCGAAAACAUUAUCCUGCUGACAGCACAGCUGGACCUGGCGUGCUCCCUGAUGGGGCAGGAGACCAUGGAGCGGAGCGAUUCUGUGCAUUCUUUCUCGAGUAUCCUCGGGAGUAACCUAUUCAACCGCUUCCGCGACAGCAUUGUCGUCACCAAGGAGCGUCGAGAGCGCGCAUUCGCCAAGACCAGAUCGGCAAGGCAGUCUAGCGCAAGCUCAGCCUCGGCUCACCUAACUUCCUUGUCUGAACCAGAAAUACAGAUGUGUCCAGCGUUGAAAAAGUCUGUACGAUUCGAAGCGGCGCCGACCUGUCCCGUGCGCAGCCGCGAGGGUUCAAUCCACUCCGGCACCUCGCCGCCCGAGAGCCUCAACAUGGCUUCGAUACGGUUGCAGGCUGUCAGUGUCGUCAAUUGGAUGCUUGUUGCCGUAGUGGGCAUCAUGUUCCUCGGAGCGAUGCUGACUGGCCAUCGUGGUACCAUAUAG